AUGGGGCUUAACCGCGCCUGGGGGGCAGGGGAGAGGAAGGAGCGUGAGGAGAAACGAUCGUGGCAGCGAGCACCUUCCCGCCGUGACGAGCAGCGCUGGGGAAGGGUGCAGCGUGGCUGUAACCCUCCGAAACCAGCGAGAGUAGCUGCGCUGGCUGCCCACCCCCCGUCACCUUACGGGUGCAACAAGGGAGCUCUGGUGGAGGGUGCCACGGUACAUUUUGAAAUUUAUAAAGGCACUUUUGGGGAAGUCCACUUUAGAAAUCGAAGAGGAAUUCUGGAAUUGGCCGGAGCCAUUAGAUGCACCACAGGACGAUCUCCGUUCGCCUACCUACGCUAUGGAUGCUACUGUGGUCUGGGAGGAAGAGGAUGGCCCAAGGACAGAGUAGACUGGUGCUGCUUUAACCAUGACUGCUGCUAUGGGCUGGCAGAACAAGCAGGCUGUCACCCCAAGACAGAAAGCUACUACUGGGAAUGUGAAGACCGUACUCCAGUGUGUGAAUCACUAGAAGACAAAUGUCAAAAAAUGGCAUGUGAAUGUGACCGCGAAGCUGCCAAGUGUUUUUCUAAAGCUCCAUAUCACACAAAAUACCUUUUGUGGCCAGACUUCAUGUGUGGUCAGAUUCAGCCUUUGUGUAGGCAUUAG